AAGGCGCGCCGGCGGAGCCACCAGCGGCGGCGAAGAAGCUUUGCUCGCGCUCCUCUCGCGCCGGACCAGGGAGCAGCCCGGCCGUCUUCGCCGCCGCCAUGGCCAACUUCACCGGCAGCUGGAAGAUGCGCAGCUCGGAGAACUUCGAGGAGCUGCUGAAGGAGCUGGGGGUCAACGUGAUGCUUCGGAAGAUCGCGGUGGCUGCGGCCUCCAAACCAGCCGUGGAGAUCAAGCAGGAGGGACCCUCCUUCUACAUCAAGACCUCCACCACAGUCCGCACCACGGAGGUCCGUUUUGAGGUCGGGGAGGAGUUUGAGGAGCAGACGGUAGACGGGAGGCCUUGCAAGAGUUUGGCCAAGUGGGAGAACAACAACAAGAUCGUGUGUGAGCAGAAGCUGCUGAAAGGAGAAGGGCCCCAAACCAGCUGGUCCCGGGAACUGACCAACGAUGGGGAGCUCAUUCUGACCAUGAAGGCCAAUGACGUCGUCUGCACAAGGAUCUACGUCCGCGAGUGAGAGGCCUCCGGCCAGCGCCAGACACGAUGGGGAGGUGGGGGGAACAGCCCAGGAGCACCCCUGCCCUGCAGCACAAUGCCAGCCUUCCCCACUGCCUGGCCCCUAUCAAGGCCAGGCUUGGGGGGUCAGGAUGUGGUCCCUACAAGCUGGCGCCUCUCCCCUCCUCUCCCCUUUGGGGUGGGGCAGGGGGGCUUCCCUUCAGGUGUCCCUGCCGCCCCCUCCUCUUUGUUCCUGGCCGGUGUGUGCUGCUGAACCCCCAAAGCAGCAGAGAGAUCGUCUUGCGGGGACCCACCGAAGGGCUGGCGCAGAUCUGCCCCCCCCUCCCCCACCCCCACCCCCUUCCUUUUAGUCUGUAACGUUUGUGAAGGUGCUUUCAUUUCCCCCCCCCCGCCUCCAUUAAAACUUUUCCCAGGU